UGAUAUUAUCUUUUUUUUUUUUUUUUUCAACAACAAGCCCCUCGCAAAAACAUGGACGUCGAAAUGUCUGCGAGCGAUGCUUCCCGCGACGCAUCCAGUAUAGGUUCACGGAGUCGGAGCGCUUCCCCGGCGUCCAGCGUACGUUCUGCAACCCCAGGCCGGUCCGAACACUCCGAAGACGAUGGGAACAGGUCGGAGGCCAGUUACCGGAGCAGAUCCCCUGCGAGAAGUGGAUCUGGAGCGGAGUCUGGAAACGAGGAGGACGCUCGGGGAUCCGGAGACGAAGCUCAAGACGCCUCCGACAACGAGUCGCAACACAGCGGCAGUCCGAGCGUUCGAAGUGACAGGGGAUCACCCAGGGGGAGUGAAGCCUCAGACAAUGAAGGAUCUGGGAGCGAGGUGCAUAGGUCAGAUGAGGACAGGUCAGACGCUCAAAGUGAGGCUCAUUCAGAAAAGAGUCCGAAAAGGGAGUCCGAGGUCAAGAGUGACGAGGCAUCCGACAGAGACUCCGAUCGUGGCUCCGGGAGCGAAGCAGGUUCACCAGCGAGGAAACGUCGCGCUAGAGCGGGUUCGGAUUCUGGCUCCAACGCUUCCGGCCACAGUGUGCGGAAACGCCGCAAGUCCGACAGUAGUGACGCUGGAUCAGCCGUGCUAGGUUCGGACGACGAGAACGGGCCGUCUUCCACAAAUCGCGGAUUGCGCUCGGGCGCAGAAGACAGCGAAGACGAGGCGGAGAAGGGGGAUGCCAAGGUUGAGGAUCUCUUCGGCGAGGACCUGGGCGACAUCAGCUCCGAUGAAGAUGCCCCGGCAAAGAAGAAGAAGAAGGGCAGCGAUGAGGACAUCUCCCGUAUGGGCGACGAGGAUGAGGAUGUGCGGAGGAUGGGAGACGACGAGGACGGAAAGGAGCAGACGGCGGUGAUUGCGGACGACGAAGAAGAGGCGGCAGAACCGGUUCCGGAGACGAGGAUCGACGUGGAGAUUCCCAGAAUUGUGACCAACUUGGGGAACGAAGUGCACUUUGUGAAGCUUCCCAAUUUCCUUAGUGUAGAUACAAGGCCGUACGACCCGCAGUGGUACGAGGAUGAAGUUGACGAAGACGAAGUACUGGAUGAGGAAGGACGAGCUAGGCUCAAGCUUAAGGUUGAAAAUACGGUACGGUGGCGUUACGACUACGACAAGAUGGGAAACCAGACCAGGCAGAGCAAUGCCCGCAUCAUCAAGUGGUCGGACGGGAGCAUGUCUCUCCACUUGGGCUCCGAAAUAUUUGACGUCCACAAGCAGUCGCUGAUGCAGGGUGACCACAACCACCUGUUCAUCAGGCAGGGAACGGGUCUGCAAGGACAGGCUGUCUUCCGUACAAAGCUUAGUUUCAGGCCUCAUUCGACAGACAGUUUUACGCAUCGCAAGAUGACGUUGUCCCUGGCAGGACGAAGCCAGAAGACGCAGAAGAUCCGUGUCCUUCCUCAAGUGGGCAAGGACCCUGAAGCCCAUCGUAGUGAGAUGAUCAAGAGAGAGGAAGACAGACUGCGAGCGUCCAUACGGCGCGAGAACAAGCAGCGCAGGAUGCGGGAAAAGUCCCACUCCCGGGGACUUAACGCUUCGUACCUGGAACCCGAUCGAGAGGACGAGGACGACACAGCCAUUUCGCUGGCAGCCAUCAAGAACAAGUACCGCAAGGGAGGCUCUGCUCUGCGAGAGCGUCCCAGUAUCUAUUCCUCCGAUGAAGAUGGUUCUGACAUCGAGGACCAGAGGGCCAAGCGCCUGGAGAGGGCAAAGACUAUCGACGAUGACGACAGUGACUUGGAUUACUUUGAUAAGAAAGCGGAGAGCAAGAAGAACCGCAAGGCGAUUGAAGAGAGUGACGAGGAGGAGGAUUGAUGUACAUUUCGCAAAAGUUUUGUAAAUAACACACAUUUCAGGUUA